AUGGAUAAGUGGUUCGAAUUUUCUGUACAGUUACCCAACGUUGUUGCACAGAUAUUACCAAACUUGGAGGAGAAAACGGAGACUCUUCAAAGAAAAAUACGAUUACUGGAAACACGAAAAGAUGAUGUCAAAGAUGCAACAUGUCGUUCUGGAAAAAAACGCAAGACAGAGGUUGAAGAUUGGAUGGAUAAGGUUGAAGACAUUAUGAAUGAUUUUGGAACCUUGGAACAACGAGUAGCACAAAAUAGCAGAUUUUAUCAUGUUUUCAAACGACAAAAGUUGGCUGAACAGCUUAAAAGAAUGAUCGAUGAGGUGACGGAGCUUGAUGCUCAAAGUGAAUUUCCUAGCGGGCUUUUUCUUGAGGUUGAUGAGAGUAUUGACCGGUUAUUGUUAAUACCCGAACCGAAUGGCCGAGCAUUUCGACAAAAUUCAGAGGACAUCUGGCCAUCAUUAACAGAUGUCAACGCCGUAAGCAUUGGCAUUUAUGGAAUGAAGGGAGUAGGCAAGACGACUCUGGCACAGCAUGUCCAUGAUAGGCUAUUGAGGGAAUCCAUAUUCUCGGGUCAUGUUUAUUGGGUCACCGUCUCUCAAGAGUUCAACAUUUACAAAUUGCAAAGUGACAUUGCCCAAGUACUGAAACUAAAUAUCGAAGAUGAUAAAGAUGAGGGGAAAAGGGCAGCUAAACUCUUCCAGAAAUUCCAGAAAAUGGAGAGAUUUGUGCUUAUACUGGAUGAUGUUUGGAAACAAAUUAAUGCAGAGAAGAUAGGCAUUCCUUCAAAAAGGGAUGGAUGCAAGUUGGUCGUAACAAGUCGAUCAGAAGAAGUUUGUCGUCGUAUGAAUUGCAAGAAGAUUAUAAAAGUGAACACACUUUCCGAGCAAGAAGCUUUGGACCUAUUCUGGAAGACACUUGAUCGUGAUGAACUAUCUGUGGAAGCAGAAGAGAUUUGCGAGGAAAUGAAACCUUUUUGGCAGAAUGACAUUUUAUUUACAGGGGGAGAGGAUAGGAAUGUGACAGCGUGGGAUGCAGCCAGUGGAAAAGUGGCAUAUCGCAUUGAAGAUGCUCAUGCAGCCCGUGUCAAAGGCAUCGUUGUAUUAUCUAAGAUUAGUGAUUCUGGGGAGGAGGAUCCAUACAUUGUGGCAUCUGCAUCACCUGAUGGGGUUAUACACAUUUGGGAUGUUCGGGUGGUGAAUAAGGAGAAGACUAAUCCACUAGCUGAGGCUAAUACCAGAUCCAAGCUUACUUGUCUUGCAUGA